AUGACAGAAAGCUUCCCUGGAAUGGCUAAAUCGCCGCACAAAGUUUUAUUACAAUUGGAUGAUGAGUUAAUGAAUCAGUGUAUGAUGCAGCGGGAGUCGCGAUAUGUGGAGAGCGAGGCAAGGAGGAUGACCAAUGUCCAGUGCUAUGCCGCGAUGCUCGAUUCUAAAAGUAAUUCUGGGUCAGUGAGCUCGGCGGCUCUCAGGGACAAGGCCGCGUCGGAUCCGUCUUGUGCCCCUCAGAAUGUAACCGAGGCUCAGAUAAAGCCACAGAUCUCUGCACCCUCGUAUUUUUAUUCUUUGAAGGAGAACGAAGCGUUGCCCUUCAAGAGGCCCGAGAAAGAACCGCGACCAAAACUACUGCUUAAUAGCGUCGUGAACGAAAAUGAUGUUGUGGCGAUGAUCGCCGCGCAUGACGCGAACAGAACUGAAGGUCUGAAGAAACACAUAGGUAAACUUUUAGUCGAAAAGCAAAUCGUGGUCAAUUAUAAUUUGUCAGAAAGAAAAUUUGUCACGAAUCUGCUGUGCGAGACGAUAGACUAUGCAGCCCAGCGCGACUUCUCGGCGUUUAAGCUAGCUUGUUUACUUACAACCUACGUCACUGUUCAUAGUUACUUCAAGUGGUAUUAUUGGCAAGCCCCCGUCUCUGUUUGGAUGUAUUUCAAAGAACUUAUGAUACGGCUUACAAUUGAGGUGAUGAACAAAUUUAUUUAA